ACGCGACGCUAGCAUUUCAAUUCCUGUUUCGGGUAGGAUUUCCUUAAUAUACAAGUUCCGGACAUAUGAACUACACAAGUCGUAAGUGGAUGUUGUUUAAUGAUGGAUUGAUGGCGAUCACCAAAUUAAGCAUGCCGCGUGUGAAGGAAUACCUCUAAGAUGGGUGCUAUCCAGACUAGCGGUUCCUAACAUAACAGGCGUCUGGAGUAGAGGUGGGUCGCCGCCAUCAGGCCCACUGAUGAGUCUAGACGGCGCAGACUCUGAGACAAAACGCAAAUCUACAUAAACAAUAAUAUACACGGAUGGUUUUAAAUCCACAAAUGCCAUUAGUUAGAGCAGUAUGCAUAAUUCCAAAGGACAAACUAAGCAGUACAAAAUCUAUGGUAAAACUACACAGCAGAAUGCCUGAUGAUAAAAAUAGCAGUGAUCUGUACAAAUGAAGCCUUGUACAAAGUCUAAAAUCUAUCCCUCUUCCAAAUGAACAGACAUAUAACAAAUAUCAAAAAAGAAUUGCAGCAGUUCAGAGUAAACAUGACAAAAAUCUGUAUCUCCAUGAUAUGGAUUCUAGCUCAUGUCGCAAUAAAAGUUGCAGAUAAGAAAGCAAAGGCAGCAUCAGCACAAACAAUUGCUCAACAUACAUGCUGGUCCCACACACCAACUGCAUACAAGCUAUAAAGCCAAAAAUUCAAUCUCAAAGAGAAAAGUAGAAAGCACAAGGCAGAAUAUCAGGUGGUCGGCAGGGAUAAUGUUACAAUAAUUUACGAUGCCGUGUCCAAACCGAUAUCACAGAUGCUCAAGCGCAAGAUCAGAAUAAAGUGGAUCACCUUCGUCCGGCUGACCUAACUUGUUCGUGGCGUCAAAUUAUGCUGUUGUCGGAUUGGUAUUGAGUCCUCGGCUGUAGAACUCUUUGAUCUUCCGAAGCUCAUCGAACCAUGUCGAAAGGAAAUACGAGGGAAAAUCGCAUCAUCCUCCUUUCGUAUACACCGGAUAACUCUGGCUUCAAGUGGAAUGAAAAAACUUAGGCAAAAGAGGGUCGAUCGCAAAUGAUUGUGAAAUUGGAUUGCGAAUAAAAGACAUUGUAAUACUAUACGGAGUAGGUAUAUAGAAGGAACGUCAUGUAAGAAAGUUAUGAAUGCGGCUUGUACCGAGCAUCGUUUAUAGAAGAAGUUACAGUUGUAGGCGAGGCUAGCAUGUUAAACACGCAAGUGGGUUAAUGGCGAAGUCCAUACAAGAGAGGAGAGACCGAAAUAUACUUACAUGCGCAGGUACAUUUUACAAUCUGACAGACAUUCUGAUAUUUGAUGCUGAUGAACGAUCCCUCCUGGAUCUCAGGCGGUCAAUAUCGAUGGAGAAAUUCGGCUACAACUGCACCUAGAGAGCGAACAGCCCCACUAUUGAUUCGAGAUCUUGAUCAAAAUGAUAUCAUAAUCGAUGGCAAAUCAGGAUAGAAGGGCACAUCCCUUUGAGAUCAGGAAAUGCGAGAAAGACAGAAGAACAUUUCCUGGAGAUGAAGAAGAAGAAGAAGAAGAAGAAGAAGAUAUCUGGUAGUGGAGGAGGAAGAGCUGGCCUAGAAACGGUGGUUCUCCGAUCUCCGAUCUGUUGGUGGGUUUUCAGGCUUCUUCCCAUCGCUCCACCUCCCGUCCAGCUACCCCUUCUCCGUUUGACUGACCGUCGUCGUCAACGAUGAUGGUAAUGGUAAAUAGCCCAUGGAGAGACUCUCCAGUCCGUGCCUCCACUGGAAACGGGAGCACGCCACGUGAAAGUAGGAAGGGGAGGCUAUAGCCAGACCGACGUCGCUUCGUGCGCCUCAGUCGUUCGUGGACCUCGAAGGACGAUAGAGGUCGAAGAGGGCACUUCCUCCUCUCCUUCCUCACGGCGCCACCACCAUCAUCUUCUUUCCGCGCCUUUGGCCUUAUCCUUUUUAACCGGCGGCGAGAGGACGAACGUCGUCAACGCACAAUAAGAUAAUCGUUCGCAGCCGUCCGCCUACUGCACUUCGAGAAAAUUGACUUAUAACGACGUCGUUGAUACACGAUCGUGGCAAACGUCUGAACGGAUCGUCGACAAUACGAAGGAUGCAGCGUCACAUCUCUCUCCUCGUUGGGAUCAUCUUGCUGUGUUGCCUUCAAGAUUUCGUGACCGGCGCCUGUCCCCGAAUAUGUCCGCCAAGUGGAGAGCCAGUCUGCGGUAGCGACGGAGUGAUCUACGCGUCUCAGUGUGAAAUGAGGAAGAAGAUGUGUGGAAAAGGCGUGACCAUAGCUACGGAAAAGACCGCUUGCCUAAGGUCGUCCGGUAGUAAGUGCGAGCAUCGUUGUCCCGGCGAUCAGGAUCCAGUAUGUGGCACCGACGGCCGCACAUAUCUCAACAAAUGCAUGUUGCGAGUCGAGAUCUGUCGAGUCGGUAUCGAACUGUCACACCUAGGUCCAUGCAACAACAUCUCCGCGCACAGGGAAAACUGUCCAGUCUCCUGCGACUUUGCACCACUCGACGGACCGAUCUGUGGUAGCGACGGCAACGUCUACAAGUCUACGUGUCAAAUGAAGCUGCUUACCUGUGGACAAGGCGUCGUACGUACGAAUAAGAAGCACUGUCAAACCACGAGACAUUGUCGUGAAUCAUGCUGGCGUGGUGCUAAGCCAGCCUGUGGUAGCGAUGGAAUCCUCUACUCGAACACCUGUAAAAUGCGAGCAAAGAACUGCGGCAAACACGUGUUCGAGGUGCCGAUGUCAUACUGCGUGUCACUGGAACGGACGUCCGGUGGCCAGUCGAACGCCUGUCCCUUGGACUGCAAAAACGAACCGGAAGUUCCAACCUGCGGAUCGGAUGGAAGCAUAUACAAGAAUGAGUGUGAGAUGCAAAUGCUUAAUUGCGGACAAGCAAGAAGAAAAAUAACCGUGGUAGACUUUGAAAAGUGUCGAGCUCGUUUGACCAAGUGUAUGAAACAGCAGCAAAGAUGCGGAAAUGAGGUGGAUCCAGUUUGCGGAAGCGAUGCGAACACAUAUCCGAAUCAGUGUCACUUGAACGUCGCAGUGUGCCUAAAGGGUAUUCAAUUGGCUCACGUCGGAGAGUGCACGACCUUGAAAGAGACCGAACAGUGCCCCGAAGAUUGUAGCGAGGUACCUGAGGAACCAGUUUGUGGAAGCGACGGCAAUGUUUAUCGGUCCCUUUGUCAUCUGCAGCGUGAGACAUGUGGUCAGAGGGUGGUUCAAGUUCCAGCGCAGCAUUGUCGUACCACAGCACUCUGCAACCAGAUCUGUAGCGGAGAACGGCAGUUUGUUUGCGGUUCCGACAAUAAACUUUAUCGCAAUGAGUGUGAGAUGAAGAGGGAUAAUUGCGGAAAACACGUGUACGUGGUGCCUAUGAAGAGGUGCUUACAAGGUUUCUUAUUCCGUGGUUGCCAAAAGAUUUGUUCACCUUACUAUGAUCCUGUUUGCGGUACCGACGGCAUGACCUACAGUAAUGAAUGUUUCUUGGAAAUCGAAAACUGCCGUAGUCGAAGCUUAGUUACGAAGAAGUACCAUGGUGUGUGCGGUCAACCGACUGAAGAACCUAAGAAUUAUUUGUAUUAGAUUGAUCAAACUCUGUUCUCGUUAGAAUGUCCUUU